GCGCCCUCUCUGAUAAACUACAGCAGCAGACUUCCGUUUCCGGUGUUGGAUGAAACCCAAAUGUUUUCAUUUUGUUGUUCUAAAUAAUAUUGCGAGUAUGUCCAUGAAUGGUAUGGGGUUGGAUUUAUGGAAGGCAUGAAGAAGCCUUAAGGUAUAUGUUAAGAGGAGAAAACGAAAGGCAUGCCAGAUACGAAGAAAAAGCCUCCUGACGAGAACUCGAUGUUUGGCGAUAAGUUACCAACUACCUGUACUUCCAGUGACAGUAAGCCAUUAAAUAAACCAGUUCACAGUGUUGAUGAUGACAGUCAACCUAUUAAAUAUGGUGAACUGAUAGUUCUAGGAUAUAAUGGACACCUUCCUAAUGGAGAUAAAGGAAGAAGAAAGAGUAAAUAUAUUUUAUAUAAACGACCAAAAUCAAAUGGUGUCAAACCUUUUAAACGACAUCUUGUAACAUGUCCACAGUCUUCCAAGGCAGUUCAAGAUUCUGCAUUACAUUCAGUGUCAUAUACAUUAACUAGAAAUAAAGCUAUAAUAGUAGAAUAUCAGUCUGAUGAUGAUACUGAUAUGUUUCAGAUUGGACGGUCAUCAGAGAAUCCUAUAGAUUAUGUUGUCAUGGAUACUAUACCCGGUCAUAUACGAUGUAGUAGUGAGAAUAAUAUAACCCAGAGUACAAUAUCGCGGUUUGCAUGUCGUAUUAUCGUAGAUCGUAAUCCACCAUACACAGCCAGAAUUAUAGCAGCAGGUUUUGAUGCUGGCAAAAAUAUAUUUUUAGGGGAGAAAGCUGUAAAGUGGUAUUCAGGUGAUGAAAUUGAUGGUUUAACUACUAAUGGUGUAUUUAUAAUGAAACCUCAGGGGGGUUUUGCUGCAUCAGCUCAACCUGGUGUAUGGAGGGAGGUGUCUGUAGGGGGUGGAGUAUUUCCUUUAAGGGAAUCUCGACCGUCUCCUUUAAAAAGCUGUCAGGUAAUAACUGACGAAGAUAAUAUAUUAAGUGAUGGUACAUUAAUAGAUUUAUGUGGUGCUACUAUGUUAUGGCGCUCAGCACUUGGUCUUAUUUCAGCACCUAGUGAACAUGAAUUUGAAGAUUUAGUGGGAGAAAUCAAUGCAGGACGUCCACAGUGUCCUGUAGGUUUGAACACUCUAGUCCUUCCAACACGUGGUUCAUUAAACUUACAUGAUAAACAACCGUAUGUAUAUUUAAACUGUGGUCAUGUACAUGGUAAACAUCAAUGGGGUGUAUUAGAUUCAGAAAGUACUAGAACAUGUCCACUAUGUUUAACAGUGGGUCCAUUUGUUAAGUUACAAAUGGGAUGUGAAUUAAGUCUUUAUAUGGAUUCCGAGCAUCCAACAUUUUGUUUUAAUCCAUGUGGUCAUGUAGCAUCUGAAAAAACAGUCAAAUACUGGGCGUAUGUGGCAGUUCCUCAUGGUUGUCAUGGCUUCAGAGCCAUCUGCCCAUUUUGUGCUUCUCCAUUAAUAGGAAAUCCAGGCUAUGUUAAACUUAUUUUCCAAGAUCAUGCUGACUGAAACCAGAUGAAUGUCAUAAAAACUCAUCAAUCAUAGUGAAGUGCCCAGACAUUAUGGUACUAAACAUGUCAUAGUCUUAAAAUCACCUAGUUUGUAAGUGUCGAGUGGAUGUUAAACCCCAAUUCUCUAUCUCUCACUACUGAUGUUGUGGUUUAUAGUGUGGUACCUAGGUUUAAUUAUGGUUCAAUCCAUUAAUUGAUACUAUACUAUACAUGUUAUUGAUGAAACUGAGAUUAUUUUUUAAAUAUAAUUUAGCAUAGAUCUCUGCUGAUGGUAAUGAACUGCAAUACCAAAAAUAAUAUGGCUACUUAUCUGUUAAAUUCCUGAUUGAACAGAUUACGGUUCCAUUAUGUAUUUAGUUUCAGAGUUUUAAAUUUAAUGGAAAUUGUAAUUGUGUCUUGUCGAAUUAGUCUUUUUAGCGAUUUGUUUUUUCAAACUUUAAUUUCCACUUUUCAUUAACUAGUUUUAUAUUAUUAUUAUUUUUUUACUUUAUAUAUAAUAAUUUAUGUAGUCAUUUCAUCUGGUUUGGGUAUUUAGGUUCAAUACAUUGUAAAUUUUCCCUUGAUAAUAUCCUGCUUCCUGCAGCUUAAAGAUGCGUAAUGUAAGAUUUAGAUAAAGAGUUGUCUGUUCUUGCUAUAGUAGUUCAAAAAUAGAUAAUAGAAAAUGAAUAUAUUAAAAAUUUCAUUCAAAUUACUUUAUUCUGAUCAAAGUUAUGACUGUUUGAAGAUGUAGCGUAGUUCAUUAAUUAUCGUAGCAAAGGUACUUGUUAAAUGAGACUUGACCUCGAUUAUCCAUUUUAUCGUUACAUAUUUAAAUCUUGUGUGUGUUCAGAUUCAUUUAAAUCUCGGCCAUCUGAUGGUUUAGAGAGUUGAUUACAGGCUUGUCAUGUGAAUAAAUCUCUAAAUAAUAAUAUAUAUAACCUUUGAAGCCAAAAGACUUACAAUAGGCUGAUUUAAAUGUAUCUCUUACCUAAUGCAUCUUUAUGUGAUAAAAACUUAACUCUCCUAACAUCUCUACUGUAACCAGUAUUUAUAACGAACAGACUUUAGCAACCAUGUACAACUAUCUAAAUAAAACUUCAAGGAACCUUUAUCCUAGUCAUCUGCGACUAUCUAAAUGACAAUCACACUAUGAACUUACGGACUGUGAAAUCAAGAACGUCCCUGUUGAUAAUAUCAGUUACCAUAACUAGUCAGUACUCUUACUAUAGUGAUUUUAAGUUCAUAUCAGUAUUAAGGAUAGGGUCCCAUCUGAACGACUAGACAGCUGUCCUGCAUCACUGACAAGGAGGAACCACGCCAGAAAAUCUGGAUGAACUUUCUCGGUCAAUGCAGGAAUCGAACACCCGGGCCUCCAUGCUAGCGAGCCAGCAUCUUACCCAUUACUUAAAACAAAAAAUUGCAGUGAGUAAGAUAAUUAUUGAAGGAAAUUUUGACAUUGUAUUGUGUAUAGAUAUAGCAGUAUAGUAUAGUAAUGCAUGAACUGAUGUAUAUUAUACAUAUAUAAGUGUUUUUGUAAACAGAGUAAUUGGAACUAAUUGUGUAUAUUUGUGAAUUAUAUGUAUAUUUAUUUGUGGUUAUGAAAGAUUUCCCCCUUUGUAUUCCAAUUAUUCUCUUCAUCCAAUAUAAAUCUCAAUAUUGUGAAUUUAUUAACAACCAUCAAGUCAUAUGUUAUUUAAACAAUGUAUAUGUAGACUGUAGAGUGCUUUUCGAAAACGUGAUCUUCUGAAACAUACCGGUACUAAAGUCAAAAAUUGAUUAAAAUAUGUACCAUUAAUUUUGAAAGAAUUUUUCAAUAUAAGAAAGGUUUUGAAAAAUGGAUUUACAUUUGAGAUUUAUUUAGAGAAUCUAAGGUAUAUAAAACGGGUUUUGAAAAAAAAAGAGUGUUUCAUUUGAGGGGUGGUGGGGGUGAUUAGAGAUAUAAAAAUGGUUUGAAAAAGGGGAUAUUUUAUUAGAGUUAUUAAGGAAUAUGUAAUGGAUUUGAAAAAAGGGAAUGUUUCAUUUGAGAUUUUAUUUAGAGAUAGUUUAGGUUAAUAUUAAAACAGUUUUGAGAAAGGCAUGUUCUGUGUGACAUAUAUCACAUUUUGAAAAGAGCUCAUUGUUCAUAUGAAUGUAAUUGACUUUGUUCAUGAUUACCAUAAUCACAUGUUUUAUGUAAAAUGUAUUUAACAAUAUAUGUAUAUCAUUCUAAAGCUUUUAUAUUAAUUAUAUUGACUGUAUAAACAACAUCAGCUUUGAUCUAUCUAACCAUAUAGAAAUAUUCAUUCAUUUAUUAUUUAGGCCUUAAUAGCCUUUUAUUUAAAUUAUUUUAAAGCAAGCAGUGUUGCUGAACUUGUGCCUAGCUCACAGCACUUCUGCUUUGUAGUCUAAGCCACUUAGUUCUACUCAGCUUUAUUAAUCGAUUUUUAUGGAAACGAAUCAGUGAGCUUGAUCAUACUUUUGUAGUAUAAUAAUGCACUUAUAAGGCGCCUGAAAUCCAAAAAAAAUGUUACUCUCAGUGGUACAAUUACAGUGUAUGGAACUACACAAAUUUACUUCCACCUAUAACAUACGUGUAUAGUAACUAGUCUAAAGAUUAUAACUGUUCAGAUAUUAAUUGUGUGUGUAAUUAUUAUGUUCUAGGUGUUUUAGUCUAUGCAAUUUAUGAGAAAAACAUCUUGAAACGAAGGAAUUCAAUUUGGUCAUUAAGCUUGUUGGCUAGAAUUGAAUUGUUGAGAUUACACAUAAAUUUUACCGGGUUAUUAUUUUUUUGCCAUGGAUAUUUAAAAAACAAAAUACACACAUGAUAAAAUUUACAGUAGCAAAAUUGAUAUUAGAAAAAUAUAUGUUUAAUUUCAAAAAGAUAUAUUUUAUGAUUCUGCUUUAUCUUGCCAGUGUAUCGCUACAGUAUUUCUACAACUUUCAAUUUCUAUGGGUAUCUCAACCUGGUCUCUAUGGGUGUCUUACCCUGGUUUCUAUGGGUGUCUUACCCUGGUUUCUAUGGGUGUUUACCCUGGUUUCUAUGGUAGUUUUACCCGGGUUUCUAUGGGUGUUUUACCCGGGUUUCUCUGUGGGUAUCUUACCAGUUAGAUCUAUUUUUUGAUAAGGCCAACUUCGGUCAAAGGUCACAAAAUGUAAACAGGGCUAGUGCUAAUCCCAACCCUAACCCAGGACCUAGCCCUAAUACUUACCCUAACCUACAAUCUCACCAACAAUCACAUGCCCUAACCUUAUUUACUCUUAAAAAAUAGUUCUAGCUGUAUCUUAUCCUGAUUUCUAUGGGUAUCUUACCUCAGUUUCUAUGGGUGUCUUACCCUGGUUUCAACAACCACAUGCUAUCUUACCACAGUUUUAAAAACCACAUUAAGCUGAAACAGAAUUUCUGUCCUUCUGUGUGUAUAGAAGAAUACCUAUACAUUGACUUACGAACCACAAAACCAACUGACAUGUAUAUUCAAGUCUAAAAAUGGCACAGGACAUUUAAUACUAGGGCAUUUUAUCAUUAAAGAUAUUACAUUACCAAGCAAUGGCAUUUCAAAACAAUAUAUUGUCAAUAUUAUGAUAAUGUCUCAUAUAUAUCUUUUGAUGCAGAUAGUAAUCUCAUGUUGUAAUAAGGCGCUUCAUAUAGAAUUACACCGGCACCUAAGUAUAAGGAGUUAUCAUUAAAGCAAAAACCUAAUAUAUAUUCCUAGGUAUAUAUAUUUUUCAUGCAAGAGAUAACACAUUUGAUAUAUUUCAUGACAUAUCCAAUUUAUAUAACAAUGCAUUUUAUGUUGAAGAGUGUUUAAUUAAUUGUAGUUUUAUGUAUUACAUGUAGUUGGUGUAUGAAUAUUUUUUUGCCUAGUCCGAUGCGAUUGUCAUGUACAUUUUUUCAUAUUUUUUUUUGAAAUAUUUUUAAUCAUGUAUUUUCUAGAAUUAUUUGUAAUAUUUUCAUUUCAUCUGAUCGACGUGAUUAUUGUAUUAAUGUUGGAACAUGUUCACUUCAUUUUCAUUUCUAGUCUCAUUAUGAAAACAUUGUAGAUAAUGCAUUGUAAAGCUAUGUAUAAAUGCUUAAGUAGGAAUAUUUCCAGCAACAUAUUAUCAAGUUAUGUUUCUAUGAACACAUUGUCACGCUAUGUAUCUAUGAACACAUUGUCAGGCUAUGUAUCUAUGAACACAUGAUCAAGCUAUGUAUCUAUGAACACAUUGUCAAGCUAUGUUUCUAUGAACAAAUUGCCAAGCUAUGUAUCUAUGUUUAUGCUUUUUUAGAAAAGACAUAUUUCUAGUAAUGUAGUGUAACGCUAUGUUUCUACCAACACAUUGUCAAGCCAUGUACAUUCUUAAUUAGAAGUAGGAAAUCACUUUCAACCUAUGUAUAUGCUUAAUUAGAUGUAAGAAAUACUAGCAUUGUAUAAAAUCAUAUUCAUGUUUACAGAUAAUGAAAAGAUAUGUCAUUCAGUGUUUUAAAUUAUAAAUACCUGUAUAGGCUUAUGUACGUAACGCAUCAUCACAAAUAUUUAUUAUAAAAUUAACAUUAUCGUAAUUAUUCAGUAAUAAUUCAAUGAGUUAUGUUAAUCCUUAACACUUGGAUUGUCUGAAACUACCUUGAACUAGUUAAGGACCUUUUGCUAAUUCUGUGUAUGG